AAUUCUUUCACUAUAUCCUUUCAACGAUGGAUUUAGAUACUGCUUGCAGCAAGAUCCAUAGGCUCUCGUCCUCAUGCAAAUAGAGAAGGAAGACGAGGACAAGCUGGGGCUUGAGGAUAUGUUGCAUAAGUUUCUGCAACUUUAUGCUUCCAGAGUCUUCUCUAAGCUUAGUUAUGCAAAAAAAGGAAACGAGGUUUUGGAACCGGAGAAGUUUCCCGAGACAUUAAUCCAAGUGAAACUGGUGGGAUGUGAUUUUCUUGGUGGUGGAAAUGCCUGCGAGGAACGAGAAAGCUUCAUUUUCCCAUGCCACAUGGUUGCAUCCUUUGAAAUCGUAGAAUUAAUAUCAGGUAGCAUGACAGGUAAAAUCUUUGCAAGUAUAGACCUGCAACUAUAUGAUUGAUUGACGUCAACUUAACUGUGGGGAGAAGAAAUCUUGUUGCUUUGAUACACAUUUUGCUAGGAUUGAGCAUCAAGAAUUUGGCUGGAAAGAUGAACUACUAUAACUUACUCAUUCUAGGGUAGAUCACUGUUUAUUGAAGUACAAUCGCAGUCUUAUCCCACGGCAAAUUGCCUCACAAGAUAUUCCCUUAAAAUCUAGAACUAUAACUCUUGUAGCAUGCUUGCUGAAUUAAUUCUAGAGCAGUCUAAACUGUUUAUUAAAGUAGUCAUGUGAUAUGUCCUGGAAAGCUAGAACUAUAACUCACUUGUAGCAUGUUUGCCAAGUCAAAUCCAUACUGCCUUGUGCCUCAUGUGACAUGCCUCUCUGUUCAUAUUAUGUCUGCUGGAAAUUGUCUGGAAUUCGGUAGGAAGAUGAAAGCAGGGUAGGUUGAUUCAGAUGAUUGUGUAAUUGAGUUUUGUAUUCAUUGUGCAAUCACUUCUCGGAGGCUGCUAGUACUAUUAAAUUUCUAGUCUGAAAUACCUGAGUUAUUGCAAGAUUCAGCCGUUUUUUCAGGCUGAUUAAUUUACUUUGAAGGAUUAGUCAAUUGUGAUUGAAGGGCUUAUGAUAAAUUCUUCACAGAUCAAGAUAGAGCUACCUAAUAUUAAACCAUGAUGUUUGGCUCUAUAGUUGUCUUUCUAUGCUGCUUGAUGUGGAUCUUGCUUCCUUGAAUUUGAGAUAUUUUGCAAGCUGUUGUAUCUAUGAUUUCCUGCUUGCUUCAAUGAGUUUUGAUGACUAGUUGUGAGUAGUUGGUGUUUAUGCAAUGACCAUAUAAAGUGAAUUGGGCUCUGAAUUUAUGCUGGAUUAUAUAUCACUUCAAUUUUAUUUCAAUCUGAAAUUUUCAUUGGUUGAGGCAUAUAGCUUGGUUGGCUAAUGUUAUCCAUUGUAGAUGUGGAUGUUUUGACAUCAUUUUUCUAAUUGCUGAGAUAUUAUAUAUCCUACAUAAGCUAUCUGUGUGUGUGUGUGUGUGUGAAUUCCCAGAUUGAUAGAAUACUAUGCAGGGGUCAUUGAAAAUCAUCCAGCUCUGUGAGAGUGUGUGUGUGUGUGUGAAAUCCCAGUUUGCUAGAGAUUACUAUACAGGGGUCAUAUGAAAUCUCUCUAUCUGUCUGUCUGUCUGUCUCUCAACAUUGUUGCUGAGAUUGUAAGAGGGUGCUGCGGGCAGUACAGGAAAAUGUGCCAAGAAACUAGGUUUAGACACAGCAGCCUUGAUAUGCUACAAGCCAAAGCAAAGGCGCACUACUUUAUUUCUCUGCCUUCAAGUCGUUAAAUUCUGACCCGUUUUUUGUACUCCUAAUUAAUUAACCAAACUUGCUUUUAGUAUACUAUUGAUCUGUCACUUGAUGCCAGAUCUCA